AUGCUUAGCCAAAAGAUUGGAAUUUCGCCUAAUCAAAUUUCGAUUUACUUGGUCCACCGUAAUAAAAACCCUAAAUCUCCAUUCCCGGAUGAUCGUCAGCGAACUCCAAUAACAGGGAAGGUCAACUUCAGGUUAAUUUGUCGCCAAAAGGAUUGUUGUUUUCUAGUCGUAUGGAAAAGAUCUCGAAAGUCGAGAAACCGGAGGGAAAGAGUUAAAGAAGUUGAGUUUUCUGAUUCCUUGGCGGCGCCGGUACUGGAGAACAUGAUUCUGCUCCAUCUCAACCAACCUGUGCCAUUUUACGAUCAUAUUACGCACUCAGAGCUGGCGAAUAUGAAUGAUCGGCUUCAGAACUUGAGGGUUAUCAGAGAGAAUUACCAGAUGGCAAUGAAGAACCUGAAAUUCAACACGGUUCAUGGUUCGGACCAAGAGCCCUUUUCGGAUUUCAAUAUGGGUUAUCGGGUUUCUUCCACCAUGAUGAUGGCGACAAAUGAGACUAGGAAGGGUUUCUGCACAACGUACGUGAAUGCUCAGAAGAAUGGUAGCAAGGCGUCGUUCCAUCUCUGUGUGAAUGACACCGCAAUUGGUCUGUUUAGAACCCGGGUAGGGCUGAUUAGUCGGCCCAUUAAAUCGCCUUCCUGA